ACCCUCUCCACAACCAUUAUCUUCUUCUUCUUCUUCUUCUUCUUCUUGUCAUUCAUUGUUAAUUCUCUUCUUAUUAUUCUUGUUAUUAUAUAUUGUCUAAUUUUGACUUAAUUAAUAUACAAUGGAAGGAGGAGGAGUUUACAAUGUAGAGAAAGAUAUGGGUAACCUUAUAAAGGCAACCGAGCUCCGUCUCGGUCUUCCCGGAAGUGAAGAAGAGAUUGAGAAACCAAUUGUGAAUCGGAAGAGUAAAAGAGCAUUGCCGGAAGGUGAUGAGGAGAGUGAGUAUAAAAGAAGCUCAUCGGAGGAAGAUCUCUCUCCGGUCACCGGUCACCGUGAAACUGAACCAGUUAGCAAGGCACAAGUUGUAGGGUGGCCUCCGGUGAGAUCUUACCGGAAAAAUAGCUUGAAGGCCAUGAAAGACUGUGAGAGUGGAGGACUGUACGUGAAGGUUAGCAUGGAUGGAGCUCCAUACUUGAGAAAAAUAGAUCUCAAGGUUUACAAGGGAUACAAAGAGCUUAAACAGGCUUUGGAACACAUGUUCAAAUGUUUUUCACUAGGUGAAGUUUCUUCGGAGACAGAAGAGUAUAAUCCAUAUGAGUAUGCCAUCACUUAUGAAGAUAAAGAUGGGGAUUGGAUGUUGGUUGGAGAUGUUCCAUGGGGGAUGUUUAUCAAUUCAUGCAAGAGGCUGAGGAUAAUGAAGGGAUCUGAAGCAAGAGGAUUAACUUCAAAUGCAUGAAGAGAAGCUUUAUUGAAUUUUUUUUUUUUACCUUGCAUAUUUGGUUGAGUUUUCUAAAUUUCUCAAAGUAUGUAGAAGAACUUUUAAGGUUGGAAAUGAAUCUCUUAAGUGUA